AUGUCUGGGCAGCAAAUUUCCGCAGAUAGGUUAAGCAGUUUACCGGACGAUAUCCUGAUUCACAUUCUCUCUUUUCUUCCCACCAAACAAUCCAUUAUUGCAUCCAUUCUUUCUAAAAGAUGGAUUCAUCUAUGGCGUUCUGUUCCGGUUCUUAACUUCCUCGACACGAAAGUUAAUAAUCAACAAGAUAAUUAUCGCUUCAACCAAUUUAUCAACACCAAUUUCCUCUCGCCAGAAGCCUCUGCCGCCUCUGGUUCCAUCCACACUUUCUUCCUCGGCAUUCAUUACGAUCACUCUAAACUUGACAAACAUGAUAGGCAAAUUAGCCUUACCUAUAUCAACAAUUGGAUCAAACAUGUAGUUGAAUGUAACAAUGUUCAAUAUCUCAGUCUACAUCUUCCAUUGAGUUAUAGAUUUGCUUCUACCAUUAUCAGUAGUACAACUCUAGUUGUUCUUAAGCUUCAAACUAUCUAUAUGGAUGAAGUUUCUCCUUCUUCUUCUAGAUUUCCCUCACUCAAAACCUUACAUUUGAAUGAUAUCAUCUUUAAUAAAUAUUCAGAUUUUAUGCUGUUUCUAGAUGGAUGUCCGGUUCUUGAAAAUCUAGAAAUAUCUUUUAUAUACAUCAAGUCUAUUAAUCAAAGUGAUUUUGAACACUUUGAAAGCAGCUCAAGCUUAACAAAGUUGAACAAAGCAUAUAUUGAAGGCUGCGGUUGCCACUUUCCGAUGAAACUGCUUUCAUAUUUGAAGUUUCUUCACAUACAACUUUCAAAGGAUAUUUACACUACUGACGUAUAUGAUUUUCCUACAUUCCAUAAUUUGACACACUUGGUGCUCCAAUGUGAUUGGGAUAUAGUUGUACAAGUUCUCCAACACUGCCCUAAGCUUCAAAAUUUUGAACUUUAUCAGAACUUACUCGAUCGCCACACUUACACGAAAGAUGAUAACGAAAAUUGGGCAGAUCCAGACUUUGUUCCACAUUGCCUUUCAUUAAACCUUACGACUUGCGCUAUUGGGGACUUUGCAUUUGCAGGCUUACAAAUGUCACAUUAUGUUAGCAAGAUUUAUUUUGAAGAAUGCAAGAGUUUUAAAAACCAUGACAAUCUGGUGCAACUGGGGACGGUCUGA